AUGAUUCCUUUUUUCAUCCUGCCGUUGAGCCAUAACCAACCGCUGCCCAAUAUAUGCCUCAUCCUCCUUGAGCUUUCAGCAGCGUUUGACACAGUCAACCACAAGACUCUCUUGUCCACCCUCAUGAGUCUCGGAAUUCACCUGGAAGGUCACUCAUACCAGGUGACGUGGAGGGGAGCCACAUCUGCUCCCUGCAGGCUCUCCACUGGUGUCCCACAAGGCUCAGUACUUGGUCCGCUUCUGUUCUCACUCUAUACUCAAUCUCUUGGUGAGGACGUAUCCUCACCCGUACCCAUCAUGUUGUCUGGAGGAAUGACAGUGAACGGGACACUAGGAGGAAACAUUUCUUUUCACUGUUCGUACCACAAAGGAAGUGAGAUCAACCCAAAGUACUUCAGUAAAGGCAAACCUGAAAAAGAGUUUGUGAGACUGGACAGAGGAGUAAUGUGGUCCAGGGACAGCAGGUUCUUUCUGGAGGACGAUACGGAGAGCAAAGUAUUCACCGUGACUAUCAGGCAACUGAGUCUGGAGGACGCUGGGCUUUACUGGUGUGGGGUGGACAGGUGGCUGUCGGAUUUUCGGACAGAGUUCAGGCUUCACAUAGUCCAAGAUGUACCCACUGAGAAUGCUUUUGUUCCCCAAACUACAGCUUCAACCAGCACAACCAGGCAGAGAACCACAGAACCACAGGACCAGCAAACCUACAUUAUAGCUUCAGAUAAAUCUGUGCAUCUCGGAGUCUCUCUGGCUGCAGGUCUGCUGUUGUGUGGGAUUGCGAGUGCCAUAUUCAUCAUUAUGAAGAACAACAAGGCAAAAGCAGGUGGUGAUACAAGUACUUUACAACACACUCGACAUUUCUACUUCUGUAACGUAAAUGUUUUGUGAUUUAAAGACAAGCUGUUUUGUUUCCCGCAGCCUUGACACAGCCUGGAAAUUACACGGAGCCUGAUGUGGUAAGUGGACAAGGUCACUCUGUGUGUGUGUGUGUGUGUGUGUGUGUGAACAUUAUUUGAACAGAUCAUGCCUUCUAAACAGAUACCAAUACAGAUAUGAAUAAGAGGUGCACUGUUAGGUUUUUAUUUUUGAUGAAACUUGGCAGAAAUUUGAGAUCCUAAAAAAAAACUUUGCAGCAGUUUUUACUUUCACGUGAGUUCAUUUGUUCAUAUUUAGUAACUGCUG